AUGAAGACCUCGCCUCUUGUUGCAGCCUCUGCGCUGCUCGGCUCUGCCGCUGCUGGCGUUCACCACAUGAAGCUUGAGAAGAUCCCACUCGAUCAACAGUUCAAGACAGCGAGCAUUCAGCACCAUGCUAAGGCUUUAAGCCAAAAAUAUUCUCAGAAGUUCAUGAACGCUGAGACUGAAGAUAUCUUCAGGGACACUGCUAUCCACCCAGAUGGCGGCUUUGAUGUCCCAGUUGAGAACUUCCUCAAUGCUCAAUAUUUCAGCACAAUAGGUCUCGGAACUCCUCCACAAGACUUCAAGGUCGUCAUGGAUACUGGCAGUUCCAACCUCUGGGUUCCUGGUUCCGAGUGCGGCUCGAUAGCCUGUUAUCUACACAGCAAGUACGAUUCAUCCUCCUCGUCCUCCUACAAGAAGAACGGUUCGGAAUUCGGUAUCAGGUAUGGCUCCGGAGAAGUCAGUGGCUACAUCUCGCAAGAUACUCUCCGAAUUGGCGAUUUGAAGGUCAAGAGUCAGCUCUUUGGUGAAGCCACAAGUGAGCCAGGUCUCGCUUUCGCCUUCGGCCGAUUUGACGGUAUUUUGGGUCUUGGUUAUGACACCAUCUCAGUUAACCACAUUCCUCCACCAUUCUACAACAUGGUUGAUCAAGGUCUACUUGACGAGCCAGUCUUCUCCUUCUACCUUGGUGACUCUAGCAAGGGCACUGACUCAGUCUGCACUUUCGGUGGCGCAGACAAGAGCAAGUACACUGGCAAGAUGGUCAAGCUUCCUCUGCGACGAAAGGCCUACUGGGAACUUAACCUCGACUCCAUCACCUUUGGCAAGGAAACUGCUGAUAUGGAAGGCACUGGCGCUAUCCUUGACACUGGCACUUCCCUCAUCGCCAUGCCAACCGACUAUGCUGAGCUCCUCAACAAGCAGAUUGGUGCCAAGAAGGGUUUCAAUGGUCAAUACACUGUCGAGUGCAGCAAGCGUGAUAGUUUGCCAGAUUUGACCUUCAACCUGUCUGGCUACAACUUCACCAUUACUGCUUACGACUACAUCCUCGAGGUUCAGGGUAGCUGCAUCUCUUCUUUCCAGGGUAUCGAUCUCGGUGGCAACAUUGGUCCCUUGUUCAUCCUUGGUGACUCUUUCUUGAGACGGUGGUACUCAGUCUAUGACCUUGGCAACGACGCUAUUGGUCUAGCAAAGGCUGUCUAA